CAUCUUUUUAAUCCAAAAAGCAAAUGACGACAAACAAUCUUCUAUUUUUUUUUCAACCAGAGGGAGUAAGAAAAUACUUUUACCUCUCCAUUAUUGACAGCAAGUCAAAUCUCUAAUCUCUAAUCUCUAAUCUCUAAUCUCGGUAGUGUAUAAAGCAUAAGAGUGGCAAAGUAGACAUGAGGUAAAUUGUUGCAAACCUUCAGAGAAAUCAGAUAUGGCCAUGAAGCGGCUACCUACUUCUGUAAUUAGGGCUUUAGCUUCUUCGUCGACGGUAUUCACAAGACAAGCGCAUGCUUCUUCUGGAGGCAAAAAGAUUGUUGGGGUGUUUUACAAGGCCAACGAAUAUGCUUCAAAGAAUCCUAACUUUUUAGGUUGUGUGGAGAAUGCUUUGGGCAUUCGUAACUGGCUGGAAUCACAAGGUCAUCAGUAUAUUGUUACUGAUGACAAAGAAGGGCCACACUGUGAACUUGAGAAGCAUCUUCCUGAUUUGCAUGUUCUCAUAACAACCCCCUUCCACCCUGCUUAUGUUACAGCAGAAAGGAUCAAGAAAGCCAAAAAUCUGCAACUUCUUCUCACUGCUGGAAUUGGUUCUGACCAUAUUGAUCUGAAUGCUGCUGCCACUGCUGGUUUAACUGUUGCAGAGGUCACUGGAAGCAAUGUAGUCUCAGUUGCAGAAGAUGAGCUCAUGAGAAUCCUUAUUCUUCUCCGUAAUUUCGUACCUGGAUACCACCAAAUUGUCAAUGGGGAAUGGAAUGUUGCCGGUGUUUCCUAUAGAGCUUACGAUCUUGAAGGGAAGACAGUUGGAACUGUCGGUUGUGGACGAAUUGGCAGGCUUUUACUCCAACGGUUGAAACCUUUUAAUUGUAAUCUCCUCUAUCAUGACCGGCUGAAAAUGGAUCCAGAAUUGGAGAAACAGAUAGGGGCAACAUUUGAGGAGGAUGUUGACAAAAUGCUUCCCAAAUGUGAUGUAAUUGUCAUCAAUGUGCCUCUUACAGAGAAAACGAGAGGAAUGUUUGACAAAAAUAGGAUUGCGAAGUUGAAGAAGGGAGUUGUGAUUGUUAACAAUGCUCGAGGAGCAAUCAUGGAUACUCAAGCAGUUGUUGAUGCCUGCUCAAGUGGACAUAUUGGGGGAUAUAGUGGUGAUGUCUGGAAUCCACAACCAGCUCCAAAGGACCACCCAUGGCGUUACAUGCCAAAUCAUGCUAUGACACCACAUAUUUCGGGUACAACUAUUGAUGCACAGCUGCGAUACGCUGCUGGAACUAAGGAUAUGCUUGAGAGGUACUUCAAGGGACAAGAAUUUCCUGAACAAAAUUACAUAGUCAAGGCAGGUGAAUUGGCACCCCAGUAUCGUUAAGUCCAGGCUUCUUGUACAUGCAGUAUCUGAAGGUUUAACAUUGGCAGUGUUGUCUAUCAGCAGGCUCCCCCUGAAAUAAUGUGCCUGUGCAUUUGUCUUUUGUUUCGUUCUUAAGUAAUAAUCCUUUGUAAUCUGAAUUUUGUGAUGCUUGUUGAACUUGUGCUUUAUGAUGUAUGAAUAAAAUCACAACCGAAUUUAGCAAUA